AUGGCAGUUUGGCAGGAACCGGACAUUUUAGCUCCACCGGUUCCCCAUGGCCAAAUCCGGCCCGUCUACAACCAUAUGCCCUGUACUCGCUCCAUUUCCAUUGCUUGCAGAUAUGAUGUACAGUCGUACCAAAUUCUGGACCAAGUCCGACUUACGCAUCCCAUUGCAAGCAAUCAAGGAUUUGCCAACGUCUGGACUACCCAGGCCAACUCCUGGCCCCACCCAGAUUCCACAGCAUGCCCUACAUACACCAGUACUUUCCUUUUUCAUCUCCAGGCCUCACUCCAGCCCCAACAACAGGGCAACACCUGGAAAACUCCUGGCCCCGCCUUUCACCCACCACUCACCAACGCCCGGACCAACCUUGGAAUGGCCCAACCUUGA